GUUUACCCGGAGCUGUUAUUUGUAGGGAGAGAUACUCUAGCAGUUUUAUUCUGAAGGUGCAAGGCACAGAAAAAACUGACAAAAAAGAAAACAGCAGCAGCAAAGAACAUGAACAAAAAAAGGAAAACAGCAACAACUCGGCCACAAGAACACAAACAGAUUUUAUUUUAGAUUUUGAGUUUUUUUACAAGACUUUGCUGAAUUUUAUGUAAUAUUUGACAUAUCUAUUCUAUUUUUUUGUCAUUUAUAUUUAAGCAAAAUUCCAAAAUGUAUAGAUGUUAUAAUCUGGUUUUUAUUUUCAUAAUUUCAUCCUACAGACAUUUCCCUCUGAAGAAUAAUAACACAUUGUGAUGCCACCAUGGUUCAGUGUGGGUAUGAAGUUAUUUUGGUGAUGCUUGGUGCUGAUUCAUUCACCUUUAUCUUUUUGAGUUGUUGUUAAAAGUUCCAUUUUGAUUCCAUAAGAGCAUAGCACGUUCCUCCACAAGGUUCUGGGAGAUUUGAACUAGGCCUGGAUGUCUUACAUGUUUUAGUCCAGGCAUAUGGAGCAUUUAGCAGACUGUUGUCACAUGCAGAACACAACCAAUUCUCGGCAGAAGCUACUGCAGCUCAUUCAGUGUUACUGUCAGACCCAUGGUGGCCUCUCUGACUAGUUUAUGCCUCUUUUUAGCAGUAAUAUAAAUUCCAGUUUUUGUAACUUUACUGCUGAUCCAUGUAUUCUCCAAUUAUUAGUGACUGUCUUUACUGUGCCAUGAUAGUGCUGCAGUUUUUGUCCUCUUCUCCUGACUGGUACCUUAACUAACCUCUCUGUAAACUAUGGCUUUAGAUAAAGGACACCAGUGUUGAGAAAACGUACUAGGACAGAAGUUUUUGUUAAAAAUUAAUCAGAUUCUCCAUUAUUGAUGGUAGGUGUCAACCUGAGAAGACUGAUUGCUAGAUUUCAAUCAAAAGGUGGUUCAGCAGAGUAGACGUUCAAAGGUUAGAGCAGAAUAAAUAUAGAACAGGAGAAUUAAACUUUUUAUAUCCACUGUAGAAGUGAGGCAGAGCAUUGAACUGGACACUCUGGAAGAGCUGAACUGACUAAUCUUUAACAUGCUUGUGUUUUCAUGGGAAGUCUCCCAAGUAACGUUCAGCCUUGUACAGUUUUAUACACACAGCGUGUAAGAAGCUACAAACAUUCUCGUGCUGUCGGGAAACCUGGUCUGUUGAUGUGUUUGAUUUUUAAAUCCUGGCCCUGGAGUGGAAACCUGGUAUUUCUAAAAAUGCCCAACAAAGCUCAAGAGGAUGCUGUGAUCAACCUGAAGACGCUGCAGGAGAUUUCCGGGCAGCUGGGUUUUGAGUGGACAGUUCUGGCAUCUGAACUUGGUUUCAGCAGAGCUGAAAUUGGCCGGUUCAACACCAGAUCAACAGAGAGGAGCAUGCAGGCCAGGCUCAUGUUGGAAAGCUGGUAUGAGAGGUCAUGGGACAAGCCAAAUAAGACCAAAGUGCUCCAAGACGGACUGGAGCGAGCAGGCUGCCGCCACCUGGCAGAGAAGCUGCGCUGUCUCCACUGGGGUCACCAAAAGCUGAGCAAAAAGGUGGAGCUGCCCUCAGCCUUCCCCUUCAUCAUCACAGUCCAUAAGACCAUCAGCAACCAAGACGCCUUACGCAGAAUCAACGACCUAAGCCGCAGAUUCACCUAAAAAUUGAACAUAUUUAUUGAUCUUACAUUAGAUGUGUAAACUAUAAGACUACACAAGAUAAAACAAAUCAUAUCAUAUGUGGAGUUUCUUGUAUUGUAAGUAAAUAAAUACCUUACAAUAAAGCUACAAAAAAGA